AUGGAAGCUUUGCAGAGUCGAUAUAAGAGCUAUCAUGACAAGAUGAGGGAAGCACUUAAGUUUCAAGAGGGGGAUCAUGUGUUCUUGAGAGGUACUCCAGUUACUGGUGUUGGUCGCACGUUGAAGUCUAAGAAACUUACAAUGCGUUUCAUUGGUCUGUUUCAGAUUCUUCAGAGGUUGAAUGGUGUUCAAUUUAGAGAGAACUUGAUGGUGGAGACUUUGUCGCUGAGAAUUGAGGAUCGUCAAGUGAAGAGCUUGCGAGACAUGGAGAUCACUUCAAUGGAAGUUGUCUGGGGAGGUCCUGUUAGUGGUAGUGUGACAUGGGAGCUCGAGAGUCGGAUGAGGGAGUUUUAUCUUGAGCUUUUCUCGUCAGGUAAUAUUCGAGGGCGAAAAUUCUUUUAA